CAAUGAAGAAGAUGCACGCGAACAAGUGAAGCGAUUGAUCGAAGAGAUGAAUGCUUCCUGCAUAGGAGAGCAGAUCAGCAGUGAGGAGUUCCUUGGUUACUAUAAACGGCUUCCUCGCGGUCCUCCUAAGAUUUAUCUUGGUGACAUGCUGGAAGAUGCUGCCAUGGAUAAGCAAGAGCUUCUCCAUGCACUGUAUCGCCUCAGAUAUUUAAAAUACCAGUUUCGACAUCAAACGUCCAAGGAAAAUAUGCUUGAUGAUAACUUGAGAAGCCUUCUGGAUAAACCUGAGGAUGAUUGUGAUCAGAAAUUUCUUGAGGAGGAGGGAUUCUUCAGGUGUUUUGAGAAAGACAUGACACUUGAUUGGUUUAUCCACCCUGAUUAUGAAUUCUGUUCUUCCUUGACUGAUUAUCAACGACUUGUCCUUCGAAACUAUGGUGGUACUGAGUACGGCAGGUGGAGUGAAUACCACAAGUACCUUCGUAGCUAUAAGACUGAAAAGGAGUAUGUCAAGUAUUGUGAAGAGUUAUCCAAGAAACUAAAGUGGAUGGAAGAUUAUGUUUGUACUUGUCCAUCUCGGAAGUGGGAUUACAUAACUACCCGGGCAGCUUAUCAAGCAAUCAGGAUCGCUGCUACUGAUUUUCACGAGAUCGAUCUGUCUUUAGCUUACAGUGGCUACAAUGAGUGUCGACGGAGCAUGGGCUAUGAUGCUACUUGGUUUAAGGAGUACGAUGAUCUCUAUUUUGAGAUUUGGCAGCGGGUCACUAAAAAAUCGAUCAGCUUCAAGGACGCUCUAGAGGAGGUUUGUAAGCUGAACAGGUUUCCGUUACGCCAAUAUAGAAUGGAAGGUGCACUGGAGUGUGACUAUACCAUGAUGUGGAUGGAAACGGAGUACCAGACCUGCACGAAAGACAUUGCAUCGGGUGAUACAGAGGAGAAAGCUCGGAGGUUAAUUGCAGAGGCUGUUCAAACGCUGGUCAAUAAGCCAAAGUCCUAUGAGCAGUAUAUCAAAAAGAAGAUAGAAAUUGCUCGUAUUAUUGGAAUCCUUCCUCCAGAUGAAGAUCCUGAAGAAUGAGAUAAUUGUCAAACAAGUGUUUACCAUAUUAUAAAAUUGGACCAUCCCUCAGCCUUUUGCUACUGUGCUGCCUGCGUGUGAUUGUAUAUCCAGAAAUGGUAGUGACCUACAAUAGACUGCUCUAGAUUAAUUAUGCAGGUUAGGAGCAAAUAUGGUACUGGUUAACAUAUAUUUUUCUCAUGGGCAGAGAUUUUCUUGCUAGUCUAUAGUUCGUCAAUUAGUAAAUUACGAUUUGUAUUUCCUUGGGAG